UUUUGAAGCUUUCCUUCCCUUAAUUACCCCCCACUUUCGUCACUCCUCUCUCUCUCUGUUUCUUGGUUUCUCUUUCCUUAAAUCGGUCCGUCCGAUUGAUCGCCGGAACACCACCACCGUUAGAUCAAUUGACUACAUUCCGGCGAUCUGCCUUCUCAGAUGACUCUUUCCAAAUUUCCGAUCAAUCAACGGUGAGAAAAUCCAAUCAUUUCAGAAAAAAAAAGGAAACACCGAUGGAAAUCCUUGUUCUCCUUCUCUAAUCUUAAACUGCUUCCUCUUUCAGAUCCAUUUUUUUCUUCUUUCCUUGGGGCAACUAUUCCAUGCAUGCUGAUCCAUUGAAUCCUCAAAAUCACCGCCGUCGAAUCCCUAAUCCCUAGCUCGAUUAGUGAGCCUAAUCCUUAUUAGGUUUUUAUUCUCGUUUGUCCAAAAUGUUGAAGAAAAUUAUGAAAGGAGGGCAUCGGAAGCCUUCCAAAUCGGAUUCAACGGAUCCAUCUUUAUACGGGUUCGGUCCUCCAGGUUCCCGCAAUCCCGGGUCGGCUCCAACGCCCAAUGUGGUCGUCAACCACGCUUCUCGGGCCGGGCCGUACACACCAGGUCCAAAUUCCGCCGUUCCUGUGGUCCCACCCCCGAUGGGCACCGUGGAACCCUUGCCGUUAUUCCGAGACGUCCCCGUUUCGGAGAGACAAAAUUUAUUCAUGCGAAAAUUACAGAUUUGUUGCUUCCAAUUCGAUUUUUCCGACACUUUAAAAUCGGUCCGAGAAAAAGAAAUCAAGCGGCAAACGUUGCUGGAACUCGUUGAUUUUAUUCAAUCCGGCUCGGGCAAAAUCACGGAGAUGUGUCAGGAAGAGAUGAUUAAAAUGGUAGCAAUCAACAUUUUCCGAUGCCUCCCUCCGGCGUCUCACGAGAACACGGGGCAAGAAGCUACUGAUCCUGAAGAGGAGGAACCCUAUUUGGAACCCUCGUGGCCGCAUUUACAACUUGUUUACGAGCUUCUUUUGAGAUAUGUUGUGUCUUCCGAUACGGACACUAAGGUUGCCAAGAGAUAUAUUGAUCAUUCGUUUGUUUUGAAGUUACUUGAUUUGUUUGAUUCGGAGGAUCCCAGGGAAAGAGAGUAUUUGAAAACAAUUCUUCAUAGGAUUUAUGGUAAAUUCAUGGUGCAUCGUCCGUUUAUUAGGAAGGCGAUUAAUAAUAUUUUCUAUAGGUUUAUAUAUGAAACGGAGAGGCAUAGCGGGAUUGGGGAGCUUUUGGAGAUUCUAGGAAGUAUUAUUAACGGUUUUGCCUUGCCUAUGAAGGAGGAACAUAAGUUGUUCCUGGUCAGAGCGUUGAUUCCUUUGCAUAAGCCGAAACCAAUUGCUGUGUAUCACCAGCAGUUAUCUUAUUGUAUUACUCAGUUUGUUGAGAAGGAUUAUAAGCUGGCUGACACGGUUAUUAGAGGGUUGUUGAAGUAUUGGCCUUUGACUAAUUGUCAGAAGGAAGUUCUCUUCCUUGGAGAACUUGAGGAAGUACUUGAAGCAACGCAGUCUGCAGAGUUCCAACGAUGUAUGGUUCCUCUUUUCAGACAGAUUGCACGUUGCCUCAAUAGCUCUCAUUUUCAGGUUGCAGAAAGAGCCCUCUUCUUGUGGAAUAAUGAGCACAUUGUGAGCUUAAUUGCCCAGAAUCGGCAGGUGGUAUUACCAAUCAUCUUUGAGGCAAUGGAGAGGAAUAUCCAAAGUCACUGGAAUCAGGCAGUUCAUGGGUUGACUGUGAAUGUGCGGAAAAUGUUCAUGGAAAUGGAUGCUGAGUUAUUUGAUGAGUGUCAGAGACAGUUUGCAGAGAAAGAGGCCAGAGCCAGAGAGGUGGAAGAGCAACGAGAAAUGACAUGGAAAAAAUUGGCAGAUGUGGCAGCGCAGAGAGGGGGAGACGAUAUGGUUACAGCCUAACUGAUUAGUCAGAGUUUGUCCAGCACUAGAAAUAGUUGGGUUGGGGAUGAUGGCUUUGCGGCUCUGCCCUUCUCCAUUUUGGUGGUAUUAUUUUUUCUUUUUCUAAUUUUUCUUCUUUCUUUUCAAAUCUUUAUUUUUGAUCUCAGUCUGAUCAUUGAAGAUACCCCAGAAAGAGCAGCGAUAAAUGUAAUUUAAAAUGUAUGGAAUUUAUUAGUAAGAUGCUGCAGAUUAAGAAUGAUCUGUGAGGAACCACUUGUAUUUUUGUCACGCUAUUUGUUCUCCCAACACAAAAAGUAUCAGAUUUUUUUAGUUUGUAUUGAUAGUACUAGUUGAAAAUUUUCA